AUGACUAAGCUGGAGGACAAUAGUGAAGGCUCUCGAAAGAAGUUUAUUCUAGGGGAGAAUAUUCAUUUUGAAGUAUCAAAUGGCAAAAUGGUUAUGGAAGCUGCUGGUGAUGCUGGUGGUGCAAAUGGUGCAAGUGCAAGUGCAAGUGCAAGUGCAAGUGCAGGUGGUGCAGGUGGUGCAGGUGGUGCAGGUGCAGGUGCCGGUGCUGUUAUUGGUGACACUCUCGAAAAGGCAAAAGCUAGUCAGCGCUUACAUCUGCAAUUGAAUUUACGUGAUCCAGGAACUCAGAGUGCGAGUGCAGCAAAGAAGAAGAAAAAGAGAAGAGGUAAAAAGGCUAGUAAAAUGAUUCGAGGAGCUCAAGCCUAUUUAAAUCGACCAGACGAGGACUAUCCAACGUCUCGUGUGAUCAAGCAGGCUCCAAAUGGCGAUGUUGUGGUGGAGAGCCUAGACGACGGCGAAUUUGAGGAAGAGUUUGAGGAAGAGGAAGAAAAUUACAACCACAACCACAGCCACAACCACGAUUCCAACCACGAUUCCAAUCACGACCAGUUGAGUGAGAAUGAAAGUAGUGUUUGUGCCGGACACCUGCAUCAAACACGCAGAAAUGUUUCCCCUUCAAAUCAUAAUUAUAAUCAUAAUCACGGUCGCCGCCAUCAUCAUCAUCAUCAAUUACAGCAUGGGUUUGGCCAGCAUAUGUCUAAUGCCAAAUUGAGAAAGAGCAGCCAGGAUGUGCAUAAUAGUUUAUGGGAAAGCGCUUCUAUUGAGGAGCAAGAGAAAUUAAAAGAGUUUUGGGAAUCCUUGGAAGAAGCACAGAAAUUAGAUUUGGUCAAGAUUGAUAAAGAAUCUAUUAUGAAGAUGUUCAAGAACGAAACAAGACAACAUUUGCAACAGCUACUGCAGCUGCAAAGUGGUGGAAAUGUGAAUAAUCCAAAUACUUCGACAAGUUCCAAUAACUGUGCUUGUAAAUAUUGCGGCAGAAGGAACAAUAUCAUCGAAGAAGAAUUGGAGAGUAUUUAUGAUAACCAUUUUGACGAUAUUAUUGAUUUUAUUCACGAAGUGCGAGAUAUAAAUGACUUGAAUGCAUUGCCAGGAUUAUUGUUUGGUGGAUUUCAUAUGCUAGAAGAAGAGCGAAGAUUACAGAAACGGAAACAACUACAUAAUGAAAGUUUGGAAUUAGCAAAGAAUGCCAAUACUACAAGUCAAGCGCAUAUUGAGGAAAUAAGAUCGCAAAUGGAUAAGUUGAAGAUGGGACAGAGGCAACAAGUGCAACAACAAAAAUCAUCGUCUCAAAUGAGAGCACCAUUGAGUAUCACUAAACUGUCUCAUCCACCACCACCGCCACCGCCAUCGAUAACACAAUUACAACAACAGCAACAGCAGCAAGAACAGCAACAACAACAACAACAACAACAACAACAGCAAGAACACGAACAAGAACAACAACAACAACAACAACAGCAGCAGCAGCAAGAACACGAACAAGAACAAGAACAACCAAAUUCUGUACCACAAGUUCAAAUUCGAACUAGUAACACGAAAACUGCUGGUUCAACAAAGCAGCAUCCUACAGUGCAAAUCAGUGCUACAUUUCUGAGCUCAAAUUCAACAGAAACACAACUUUUCAACAAGUUGCUAGAUCCUAAACUAUUUGAAGCUCUUGAGAGUUUGGAUUUGCAAAAAAUGAAGGAAGUAUCUCAUUUUGAUCCAAAAAAUGCAGCACAUAUUAAUAUGUUGGAAAAAGCAGGGUCUUUGAGAGAAAUUGUGAGAGAUUUACAUAACGUAGAUAGAAAUCAUUUGGAGAAGGGCAUGUCUUACGUUCAGAACAUGGGCAAACUAUUUUCCAAAAUGGCAAGUUCGAAUCCAACUGGUUCAGGGAUUGCUCCGAAGAUUAUGUCUGCUCAGUUGAGUGAUCAAUUCAAUCAAGGUCUUUCCACGUUUGCUGAGGAUCUAUUGAAGAAUGAUGGCAAUUCUUUCAUUAGUAUGAUGGAAGCACUUUCAGAGUCACGUUCUGCUCGUGAGGAAUUUUUAAAGGAGAAAUUUAAAUUCAGUGGCUCAGUAAAGAAUCUACCUAGUCAACAACAACAACAACAGCAGCAACAACAGCAACAGUCACAGUCACAUUGGGUUGAUGAGGAUGACGAAGAGGAACCUUAUUAUUGCCAUCAUCACCAUCAUCAUCACGAGGAGAAUGAAGAUUACGAAGAUGAUGAAGAAGAAGAAGAGGAAGAAGAAGAAGAAGAGGAAGAAAAUGAGGAGGAAGUGGAUGCUCAUGAAGUAGAAGAGGAUGAAGAAGAAGAGGUAGACGAUGAUGAGGAUGAAGAUUACGAGUAUGACGACGAGGACGAUGAGGAAGAUGAGAAUGAGGAAGAUUUUGAUGAGGAAGAAGAUUUCGACGAAAAAGAUGCAAGUGAUACUGAGUCCGAAAUAUCUGAAGAAGAGAAAAUGCAGGAGAUUCGUCGUUUGUUUUUAAUUCAGGUAAUCAAACUAUUUCAAGAAAGAUUAAAGAGUGCGUAUAAAGAAAAAGUGUCCAAGGAUAAUACUAGAAAAUUAUUUGAAGAAUUGGAAGCAGAAGAAGCGGCAAAAAGGGAAAAAGAAGCCAAGAAGUUGAAACAAAAGGAGAAAGCAAAGGAAAAGAAAAGAUUACAACAAUUGGCCAAAGAAGAAGAGAAAAAAAAGAAAGAGGAAGAGGCACGAAGGAUAGCCGAUGAAUUGAAUGCCAAACAGGAGCAAAUAAGAGCCGAACAAAGAAAAAAGAAAGAAGAGGCUAGAUUGAAGCGAGAGGAGGAAAAGAAAAAGAAAUUGGAAGAGGCAAAGAGAAGAGAAGCUGAGCACAAGAGAAAAGUUGAAGAACAGAUUAGACACGAUGAAGAGCAAAGAAGGAUCAAAGAAGAGCGCCGCAAAGAGAUGGAAGAAAAGAAACGAAAAAAAGAAGAGGAGAAGAAACUAAGAGAAUUGUUGAAAAAACAAAAAGAAGAUGAGAAAGAAAAGCUUAGGAUUGCUCGUGAAGAACAACAGCAGCAACAGCAGCAGCAACAACAGCAGCAGCAACAACAACAGCAACAACAACAGCAACAGCAGCAACAACAACAACAGCAGCAGCAGCAACAACAACAACUAUUAACUCAAGGUGCAAAUACAAGAGACUUUAGUCAAGCAAGGCGUAGUCAAGUUAAAGCAAUGAUGGACUAUGAUGAAGAACAAGAACUUGCAAGACAAAUUGAGGAAGAGAAAUCCAAAUUUUCGAAUGAUUCUAAUGGUAGUAUCAACUCGUUGAACCAUAUCUAUCACACAACAGGACCAGGCUCAAUAUCUAGCACCUCGUCUUCAGUUGGACUCUCUAUGAGUGCACAUAUACCUACAAUACAGCCAGUUCAAUCUCAUCCCUACUCAAUAGAUCCUUUGUCGUCGAUACCGGCAACUCUCCAACAAAAAGCAACGGCUUCUCCUCAAAUACCUCCAAUCACUUUACUAAAUGGAAGUAACACAACAAUGAGUGCAUCUCUUGCUACCAAUAUAGGCUUGAAUAAUAACGGUAGCACGCAUGCUUUACCAUGGGUUGGCAAGUCAGCUAAUAUGAACACAACACAAAUGUCUGCAAAUCAUCAAUCCUCCUUUUUGUGCAAAUCAGCAGUUAUGCCACAAGCUUCAUCAUCGUCAAUAGCUCCAACCACUGGCGUUGCUCCUCAACAGCAACCUGGAUUUCAACAGCAAAAUUAUUUCAGUCCGUUCAAUACAUUUGCUGAACCUACUGUCAAUGAUUCAUUUGCCACAGCAGUAGCAGCAACAGCAGCUCCAAUAAACACUAGUUGCAAUAUUUGGAAUAGUUCAACCCCCGGUACAACUACACCCUCAGGUAUAAGUAGGAACAACUCAGUUUGGGAAAGUACAUCCGGAAUGAAGAGUUCCAGUCCAUUUUUGAACUCCAAUACAACAAAAGCAAGUAGUCUUUGGGGGAAUUCAAGUAACACCAAUCUCAGCGUUAACAACAGCAACAACAACAACAACAAUAACAAUAACAACAACAACAACAACAACAAUAACAAUACCAAUACCAAUAACAAUAACAACAACAACAACAACAACAACAACUUUGUUAAUUCCGGCGGGCAAGGUGAGAUGGAUAUGAUUCAAUCUACAAUUUACAAUUGUUUUCAAAUCAUGCAAAAUUCACAGCAAUUGGAAUUCAAUGUAGCACCGUUAUCGAUUAUUUAUCAAAAUGUCAAGAGAAUAAUUGGUAAUCCCCAGUUUACAAUUAACCAAUUUCUCAACUGUUGUCAUUCAAAUUCAUUAUAUCAGUUUGAAUUUAUUUAUGAUGAGUUUGGCUCAGUGACACAUUUGAAAGUUGGUCAAUGCGGGAAUGGUAAUGGGUUUAUUGUAAGAAGUAAUUCAACCGCCGAACAAUUACCAAUGUCCGCAAGUUCUACAAUGAUUGGAUUUUCUCCACAACAGCAACAGCAGCAGCAGCAACAACUCCAACAACUCCAACAACAGCAGCAACAACUCCAGCAACAACCGCAACAGCCGCAGCAGCCUCAGUUUCAACAGUCAACUCAACCACAAGGCACGGGCUUUCUGUCACAAGGAUCGUUUGGUCAAUCCAGUACUUCUUCUCCAGCAUUAGCAUUGAGUAGAACAUCGCCGCCAGGAUUGUUUAACGAUACCGCAUUAUUGAGCACCAUAAAUGAAUUGAAUAAUGGUGGUUCUGCAACUGGUAAUGGCUACGGAUCGGGGAUAUGGAACUAA